AACUUGGACUACCGAAACCCUAAAGCGAUAGCGGCGACUGCAAGCUCCACCGACGCAAACUCUUUUCUAGGUCAAACUCAUAGUUCUCUUCUUCUCCAUAGUUUCGAAACACACUCUGAUUUCACCAGAGCGAAAUCAUGGAAGGGAAAGAAAACUGCAAAGAUCUUCUGAAAUUGGAGCUCAAGAAUCCAUCUUCUUCCUCUGCUAUGGAUUCAGCACUUUUGAUGUGUACGGAGAAGAAUAGGAAGAAGAAGAGCGAGGCUCCUCCUCCAUCGAAGCCAACGAUUGCUCCAGUUCCUAAAAGCCAACUUCUUGGUAAACUUAAAGGCUUCUUGGGGGUUAUGGCGGAAGCUAACAAAAAGUCUGAGGCAAACCCAGAAGCUUAUAAUAUCGAAGCACUAACGGGUAACGAAUCUGAAGUUAUCGAGAUGGACUUGAUGCUCGGUGUCGCUGAUCUCAACACACCUGAAGCAGUCAGUGCGGCUGAGGCAGCUAUUGCUGGCAUAGGUCCGGCAGCUGAAAGUGGAGAUUCGAGCAGCGAUGAGAGUGAUAGCGACAGUGAUGGAGAGGAGAACAAGAGUGAAGAAGAAUGUAGCAGAAAACCAGCAAAGAUCAUUGAGCUCUCAUAAAAAAAACAUGUCUCUUCUCAAUUUCAAUUUUUUUUACUUUGUAUGAAACUUUUGGAAUGUUGAUGAUGGUUUUGGUCCUUGUGUUCAA